CGCGCGAGCCGAAGCAUGACCUCGGUAUUGGAUGUCCGGGUGCUCGCGUCGAGAGCCCCACGCGCUCGUACCUCGACGCCACGACGUCCUUGGCGAGGUGCGACCCUGACGCGGCGCGCCUCAACCACCGAGGCGAGCGCGACGCUCGGGACGCGAUACACGUACCUCGGUGGGAACUCCUGGUUCGCUCGGAUGGGCGUUUCGGGGGUCAAGGUCCUCUGCGACCCUUGGCUCGUGGGAGAUCUGACGUUUUGGGACCUGCCCGCGUUGUACACGGGUCGCAAAGCGUCGCUGGAGGGAUCGAACGACUGGAUGAGGGUCGCCGAGACCGCCGAUGUCAUCUUGUUAUCGCAAUCUUGGGAGGACCACUGUCACAAGCCGACCCUGCGCGAGCUGCCAAAGGAUAUUCCAGUGGUGGGAUCACCGGCAGCCGUCGAGGUGGCGAAAGAAUUGGGCUUCUCUAACGCCACGCCCCUGAAAGCGAACUCUCAGGUGAGGGUCAGGCCCCGGGGCGACACCGACGAGGCCAGAGAAGGGGCUCUAUCCAUCGUAGCCGUAGCUGGGGCCCUCGUGGGGCCGCCUUGGUCGACUCGGGAGGCUGGAUUCAUCCUCGCCGAUGGAUCCGAGGGCGCACGGGUAUACUACGAGCCGCACUGCUCGUACGUCCCCGAGUCCGUCAAGGCGGGUUUGAGGGCGGUGGGUGGCAGGGUGGACUGCGUCGUCACGCCGGUGCGAAGCGUGAACGUCGUCGGCUUCCCGCUGGUCAGCGGAGGGAGCGAAGCCGCGGAUCUUUUAGAGUGUUUGAAUCGACCGGGGCUGGUGAUACCGCUGCGAAACGGCGAGUUGAAGCAGGACGGAGUGAGCGCUGGGCUGCUCGGGACGGAUGGGACCACGGGGGAGGGGUUCGCGGCGCUCUGCGACGAGCGUUUCGGCGCGGGCAAGGUGGAAGUGAGGAUGCCCACGCCGGGAGUCGCGAUCGACUUUUAGCUUGAGGAGUAAACGUGUUCUCUGACUUUUAGUGUGAGGAGUAAACGUGUUCUCUUC